AUGGCGGAGGACCCGGGGUUUGAAGUUACGCUGUGCUCCGAGCAGUUUGGCUCCGGGGCUGCCCGGGGCUGUCGCGCCACCGCCGACGGGCGCCUGCAGUGGGAAGCCGGGGAGUGGCGCUGGUGGGGGUUAUCAGGGGUCUUCUCGGUGAAAGCGGAAGGCCGAAAUGGUGGCAGAGCAGGGAUCCCUAGAGCUCUCUGUCCACCUCUCUCCGCGCUCCUGGCUGUGUUCCUGCCGCAGGGCUUCCCUGACAGUGUCAGCCCGGACUAUCUGCCCUACCAGUUGUGGGACUCUGUGCAGGCCUUUGCUUCCAGCCUCUCGGGCGCCCUGGCCACCCAGGCAGUCUUGCUGGGCUUAGGGGUGGGGAACGCAAAAGCCUCUGUUUCAGCUGCCACGGCCACCUGGCUCGUGAAAGACUCAACUGGCAUGCUGGGCCGCAUUGUCUUUGCCUGGUGGAAGGGGAGCAAACUGGACUGUAAUGCCAAGCAGUGGAGGCUUUUUGCUGACGUCCUUAACGAUGGCGCCAUGUUCCUGGAGAUAAUGGCUCCCUUGGCCCCAGCUUACUUCACCAUGACUGUCUGCAUCAGCAACCUGGCCAAGUGCAUUGUGGGCGUGGCUGGCGGGGCGACUAGGGCUGCUCUGACUGUGCACCAGGCCCGGAGAAACAACAUGGCAGAUGUGUCAGCCAAGGAUGGCAGCCAGGAGACUCUGGUGAAUCUGGCGGGGCUCCUGGUGAGCCUUCUGCUGCUCCCCCUGGUGUCAGACUGGCCUAGCUUCAGCUUCGGGUGUUUCCUCCUCUUCACUGCCCUCCACAUCUACGCCAACUACCGGGCAGUCCGAGCCCUGGUCAUGGACACCUUGAACGAAGGCCGCCUCUGGCUGGUCCUCAGGCACUUUCUUCAGAGGGGAGAGGUGCUCAGCCCCACAUCAGCCAAUCAGAUGGAGCCACUGUGGACAGGUUUCUGGCCAUCUCUGUCUCUGUCCCUUGGGGUCCCCCUGCAUCGCUUGGUUUCCAGAGUCUCUGAACUACAGCAGCUGAUUGGGGAGCACCAAGAGCCCUACCUCCUUCACUGGAACCAAUCACAAAACCAGGUACAGGUAGUUCUGAGCCCUACAGCAGGGCCUGAGACUGUCCUCAGAGCCGCCACACACGGACUGGUGCUUGGAGCCCUGAAGGGAGCUGGGCCUCUUCCAGGAGAGCUGGAGGAGCUGAGGAACCAGGUGUGGGCAGGUCCUGAAAACCAUAGCUGGGCCAUUGUCAAGGAAACACACCAAGUGUUGAACAAGCUAUUUCCAAAGUUCUUGAAAGGCCUGCAGGAAGCUGGUUGGAAGACUGAGAAGCACCAGCUGGAGGUGGAUGAGUGGAGAGCCACGUGGCUGCUGACUCCAGAAAAGAAGGUGUUGUGA